AUGCUCAAUCAAGCCUUUCGAGACGAAAAUCUUGACAAUAUUUUCAUCUACCGGUCGUUCAUCAGAGACUUAUCCGAUCAAAUCGAUAUCUUGCACAUGGAACAACGUGAAUCCGGCUUUGACUCGUGUACAGUCUAUCGCGGUACAUGUCUAGCUUAUGACGAUAUUGCCGUGUUGAAAUCAAAUAAAGGUAAAUUGAUCUCAUUUAAUGGGUUUCUUUCGACGAGUGUAUAUGCAGAGGUUGCCGAACUCUUUAAACAGCCAAGUAAUGAUCAGGAGCAAAUGGAAUCCGUUUUAUUCGAAUACUAUAUCGAUGCAAAUCUUGAGACAAGCUCAUUUGCCUACGUUGCGUUUCUUAGUGCUAGUCCUGAUGAAGGAGAGGUGCUUUUCAAUAUUGGUACCAUCUUCCGUAUUAAUCAGAUCAAAUACGACGAGAGUAAAAAAUUGUGGCACGUACAUUGCGCGCUUUGUGCGAAAAGCGAAGUUGGUCAUCAUUUUAUGGAUGUGGAACGGAAAACAGAAGCCUAUAAUUUUUUUUACUUUGGGUAUUUGUUGGUCAUGGCUGGUGAAACUGACCGGGCUGAAAAGUUUUACUUGAAAAUACUCCGUGAAGAAGUGGACAUUACAGUAAAAGCUCUCUGCUACUGUCGUCUGGCAAGAAUAUAUUCCGACAAGGGUGAAUGGACACGUUCAAUUGAUAUGUACAAAAAGUUGUUCCAGCAUUCAUCCUAUUUGAGUAAAAACUAUGGUGAGUUUUCAAAGCUGAUCAAUAUUGAUAAGCGUAUUGUCAGAGUGGUUGUGGAGAUCGGAGAAUACGAUCUUGCUCUUCAGCUUCUCACUCAAGAGUUGUCACUUCUCGAUGAUACCGAUCCGAAUCAUUCUUACCAUCUGGCAAUAGUACUGUUCAAUAUUGCCACAGUUUAUAAGCUGCGGGGCGAUGACGAGAGAGCGCGUGAGUAUUUUAAACAAAUCGAAGAAUUAUCUGACGACUCCUUCACUGGCCCAGAGGAAGCAGCUCUUCAUAAUAACAUAGCUCUCAUGGCAAUGGACCGUGGCGAUGUCGAUGUGGCUCUCAGAUACUUUCGGAAGGCAGCUACCAUCCUUAGAGAGACUCUGCCGUCCAUGCAUGAAGAAUUCGUUACUUUAUACAACAAUAUUGGUUUUGCGUUCACAAAACAAGGCAACCUCGAUUCAGCAUUGGAAUAUUUCAAUAUGGCCUUAAAAAUUGCGGAUUCACCCAGCAAAAGUAAAUAUCUUAUGAAUGUGUAUCUUCAUCUGGGAUACGUUCACUCCCUUCGGGGUGAUUUUGAUGUGACUGAGACAUUCUACGAGAAAGCCCUUCUCCUACUCCCUGAGAAGCUACCGGAGUACCGUUCAAGUUUAGCUGGUAUUUAUACUAACACAGGCACCGUACUAGCCGAACGAGAGAAACUCGAUGCGUUUGAGAUGGUGUUUACAAAAGCGUCUGAAAUCUACUCACAGAAUAUGAGUUCGCGCAUGGCUGCUAUAUGUUUUGAACACAUGGCUGACUUAUAUGCUAAAAAACAUCUAUUUGCCAAAGCUCUAAUAUUUUCGACUCGAGCACUUGAAAUGCAAAUGCAAGGAUAUGGUGAAAAUCAUCAUAGUACUGCAACAGCAUAUCGUCAAUUGGCCGACAUGUAUUAUAUGAGUGGUGAUGAAAAUCGAGCUUCCGAAUUCCAUAAAAAAUCGUUAAGUAUACUUGAAAACAUAACUGUCUCCUCUGAGGCGAGCGAAAUCGAGCGUGCAACUUUGUACGAAUCAAUGGGAACAGUACAUCUCGACAGAGCAGAAUGUGCACUUGGAUGUGAGUAUUACAUGAAAUCGUUGAAAAUUCGUGAACACUUGUUGUCCGAGAAACAUCCAGACUUGAUAAAGACGUACGUUCUUCUGGGUCGUUCAUACUUUCGCCUAGGAGAGCUCGACUUAGCAACCAAUUACUAUAAUGAAGCAAGCUUGAGAGGCUCUGUAGACGUCCAAAUUGAUCUGGGUGACAUAUACUUGGAUCGAAAGCAAUAUGAUCUGGCAGAAAAAGAAUAUAUAAACGCACUCGAGUCGUAUAAGGCAAUCUACGGUGAGAAUAAUCAUUAUACUUGCGUCGGCUAUUCGAGAAUGGGCGUUCUGUACAAGCAACUGAAUAAUUAUGAACAAGCAUCACGAUGUUACAAGAAAAUCCUUGCCAGCGUACAAAAAACCUCUCCUGAUUGUGCUGAAUUAAUCUUUAAGAUGAUGAUAAUAAUUGCUGACUUGGCUGCCAAUUUUGAAGAUAACGAAGAAGCCUUCAACUAUUACACAUCUGCAGUCGAACUAUUAGAUCCGAAUCAAGCAGAGCUAAUGCCGACUCGUUGGCAUAUGCUGCACAGCUGUAUCGACACAAUGAACAGCUUUUAUAAGAAAUCAAAGUGGAAACAGGCACUUGAUUUUUGUCAAAAAGCGCACGCUAUUCAAAUUCAAUUUUUUCCCGAAGAUCUAGACACAGGCAGCGAGCUUGAGUCAUGUGCUGAGAACCUUCGAGAGAAAUUAGAGAUAUAUGCACCAGAAACAAUAUCAAAUCCGGUUCAGGAUAUCGGCUGA